UCCUCCUCCUCCUCCUCCAUCUCCGCACUCCCUCCAUCUGCCGUGGGUAUGGCCCGUCGCUGGAGCACAAAAGAGUCUCCGCGGCGGGGGUCGGCGUGGCUCUUGCUUUUCCUCGCUGGCGUGUACGGAAAUGGUGCUCUUGCAGAACUUUCAGAAAAUGUGCAUAUUUCAGGAGUGUCAACUGCUUGUGGAGAGACCCCAGAGCAGAUCCGAGCACCGAGUGGAAUCAUCACAAGUCCAGGCUGGCCUUCGGACUACCCUGCCCGCAGCAACUGCAGCUGGCUCAUACGGGCGAGCCCAGGGGAGAUCAUUACUAUAAGUUUUCAGGAUUUCGAUAUCCAGGGGUCCAGAAGAUGCACAUUGGACUGGUUGACGAUAGAAACAUACAAGCAUAUUGAAAGUUACAGAGCGUGUGGGUCCACAAUCCCACCUCCAUAUAUCUCUUCCCAAGACCACGUUUGGAUCAGGUUCCAUUCGGAUGACAGUGUGUCCAGGAAAGGCUUCAGACUGGCAUAUUUUUCAGGGAGAUCCGAGGAGCCGACCUGUGCCUGUGAUCAGUUCCGUUGUGGGAAUGGAAAGUGUAUUCCGGAAGCCUGGAAGUGUAACAGCAUGGACGAGUGCGGAGAUAGCUCUGACGAGGAGGGCUGUACCAAAGACGCCAACCCCCCAACCGCUGCUGCUUUCCAGCCCUGCGCCUAUAACCAGUUCCAGUGUCUGUCCCGCUUCACCAAAGUCUACACCUGCCUCCCCGAGUCCUUAAAGUGCGACGGGAACAUCGACUGCCUGGACCUCGGAGACGAGAUAGACUGCGACGUGCCAACAUGUGGGCAGUGGCUAAAAUACUUUUACGGUACUUUCAAUUCCCCAAACUACCCAGACUUUUAUCCUCCUGGAAGUAAUUGCACCUGGCUAAUAGACACUGGGGACCAUCGGAAAGUCAUCUUACGCUUCACUGACUUUAAACUGGAUGGCACUGGUUAUGGGGAUUAUGUCAAAAUAUACGACGGCCUGGAGGAGAACCCGCGCAAGCUUUUGCGUGUGUUGACGGCCUUUGACUCCCACGCCCCCCUUACAGUCGUCUCUUCCUCUGGACAGAUCAGAGUGCAUUUUUGUGCUGACAAAGUUAACGCUGCGAGAGGCUUUAAUGCUACUUACCAAGUAGACGGCUUCUGUUUGCCGUGGGAAAUACCCUGCGGAGGUAACUGGGGCUGCUACACAGAGCAGCAGCGCUGUGAUGGGUAUUGGCACUGCCCGAACGGGAGGGAUGAAAUCAACUGUACCAUGUGCCAAAAGGAAGAAUUUCCAUGUUCUCGCAACGGUGUCUGUUACCCUCGUUCUGACCGCUGCAACUACCAAAACCACUGCCCAAAUGGCUCCGAUGAGAAGAACUGCUUCUUUUGCCAGCCAGGGAAUUUUCACUGUAAAAACAACCGCUGUGUGUUUGAAAGCUGGGUGUGUGAUUCUCAGGACGACUGCGGGGACGGCAGUGAUGAAGAGAACUGUCCCGUUAUCGUGCCUACCAGAGUCAUAACAGCAGCUGUCAUAGGGAGCCUCAUCUGUGGCCUGCUGCUCGUCAUUGCACUGGGGUGCACGUGCAAGCUCUAUUCCCUGAGAAUGUUUGAACGGAGAUCGUUCGAGACCCAGUUGUCACGAGUGGAAGCAGAAUUGCUACGAAGAGAGGCUCCUCCCUCAUACGGGCAGUUGAUUGCUCAGGGCUUAAUCCCACCAGUGGAAGAUUUUCCUGUCUGUUCACCUAAUCAGGCUUCAGUUUUAGAGAACCUGAGGCUGGCUGUCCGAUCCCAGCUGGGCUUCACUUCCAUCAGGCUUCCUAUGGCAGGCAGACCCAGCAACAUUUGGAAUCGCAUUUUUAAUUUUGCACGAUCACGCCAUUCCGGGUCAUUGGCUUUGGUCUCGGCAGAUGGAGAUGAGGUUGUCCCAGGUCAGAGCAGCAGCAGAGAGGCUGAAAGGAGCCAUCCUCACAGAAGCCUGUUUUCCGUCGAAUCUGACGACACGGACACAGAAAAUGAGAGAAGGGACACGGCAGGAGCGUCUGGUGCGGUUGCGGCGCCUCUGCCCCAGAAAGUCCCUCCCGCAACAGCCGUGGAAGCCACGGUGGGAACAGGCGGCAGUUCCUCGGCUCAGAGCUCGCGAGGCAGCCAUGCAGAUGGAAGGGAUGCGUCUGGUGUGGAGGCGCCGAGUGUGAGCCCAGCACGUCACCAGCUCUCAAGCGCGUUAAGUCGGAUGACUCAGGGCCUGCGCUGGGUACGGUUUACAUUAGGGCGAUCAAGUUCCACAAAUCAGAACCAGAGUCCCUUGAGACAGCUUGAUACCGGGGUGAGUGGAAGAGAAGAAGAUGAUGAUGUGGAAAUGCUAAUUCCGGUUUCGGACGGGGCUUCAGACAUUGAUGCCAGUGACUGCUCCAGACCUCUUCUCGAUCUUGCCUCAGAGCAAGUACAAGGGUUUAGACAGCCAUACAGUGCAGCAAACGCUGGAGUCAGAACAAGUAACCGGGAUGGCCCCUGUGAGCGCUGUGGCAUUGUGCACACCGCCCAGAUCCCAGACACUUGCUUAGAAGCAACAAUGAAAAACGAAACGAGUGACGACGAGGCUUUGCUGCUGUGUUAGGGCCCAAGCACCAGAGAUUGUAUACAAGCUGGAGCAAUAUCCACUCCUUGUUUUGUAACUUUACAAUUAAACUAGUUUUAGUUUAAAAUGAGAAGAUGCAGGGUGGCUUCUUACCGUAGGUUAGCCUGCACGGUUGAAUUAACACCAUGUAACUCUAUGAGCUCGAGUUUCCUGUGUUAGC